AAACCAUCUUCUGGCGUUCGUUGCGCGUACCGGAAGUCGGAAGUUGCAGCUUGUACGUCAUUACGUUUCAACGUCACAUCACCAACAGCGGGAAGGUGUAGUUUAGUGUUAAAGAAGAGCAAUAUUAAAAAACUGCGAUCUAAAAAUGUCAAAGAUUGAUAAGAUGAGCAUCCUGGGGGUGAGGAGCUUUGGGAUUGAGGAUAAAGACAAACAAGUCAUAUCCUUCCUCACUCCUCUUACUGUACUGGUCGGACCCAAUGGAGCUGGAAAAACGACUAUAAUUGAGUGCCUGAAAUAUGCAACAUCAGGUGAACUUCCCCCUGGAUCUAAAGGGGGGGCCUUUGUCCAUGAUCCCAAGGAUGUCCAUGAGACAGAUGUACGAGCACAGAUUCGCCUCUUAUUCACUGAUGUAAAUGGAGAAAAAGUGACCAUCCAACGCUCCAUGUCUUGUACUCAGAAGGCGAAGAACUACUCUUUUAAAAGCUUGGAGCAGGUCAUCACUAGAACAAAAGAUGGUCAGAAAGUCAGUUUGUCCUCUAAGUGCGGUGAACUGGAUCGGGAGAUGAUUUCUUCCCUGGGUGUCUCUAAGCCUGUGCUGAAUCACGUCAUCUUUUGUCACCAAGAAGAGUCCAAUUGGCCACUCAGUGAAGGAAAAGCCCUCAAAGACAAGUUUGACUCAAUUUUCGCUGCUACAAAGUAUAUCAAAGCUUUGGACACGAUGCGUCAGCUGCGUCUAGCAAACCAGCAUACGGUCAAAGAGUGUCAGGUGGAGCUUCGCUACUUAAACCAGAACAAGGAGAAAGCCCAGCAGAUUAGGGCUACGGUGGCGACCAAGGAGGCUCAGCUGACGGCUUCUAAAGACAACGUACAACAACUAGAGAACAAGAUAGAGCCACUUGAGGAUCGAUUGAUGGAAAUUGAUUCCAAACUCGGAAAAGUGAUGAAACUGGACAACGACAUCAAGGCCUUAGAGAGCAGGAAGAAGCAAAUGGAGGAGGACAACAGGGAGCUGGAAGAAACGAUGGAUCAGGUGUUUCAGGGUUCAGAUGAGCAGCUGCAGGAGAUUUAUCAGAACCACCAGAAGACGGUGAAAGAUAAAGAGCGGAGGCUGACAGACUGCCAGAAGGAAGUGGAGAGAGCUGGGCGAGAAUGUCAGAGGCUGAACAGAGUCAAGUCUGAGCUCUUGGUGGAACAAGGUCGCCUACAGCUGGAGGCUGAUCGACACACUCAAAACAUCAAGAAUCGUGACACUCAGGUUCGCUCCUUAUCAUCAUACCUGGACAUGGAGGGAUACGACCGUCCGCCCUUUACAUCUAUUCAGCUCAGAAGUUUCCACAAUCAACUUGAUGAGAGACUGGAGCAGGAGAAAGAAACAUUUAAUCGUGUCAUGAUGGACUUGCAGGCAAAAGAGCAGCAGAAGCAACAGGCCAUCGAUGAAAUGCGGGAUAAGAAGACUGGUCUAGAAAGAACGGUGGAGCUGAAGAGAGACCUGCAGGGAAAGAAGCAGCAAGAACUGAGAAAUGUCAGAGCAGAGCUUCAGAGGCUGGAGGGUUCCUCCACCCGCCUGCAGCAACUCGAAAGUGAAUUGGCCAAAGCUGAGAGGGAGCUACAGAGUGCAGUAGAGAAUUCUAAUGUUGAGCAGCUGAAGGCUGAGGUUUUGGAGCUCCAGAAAGAAAAGGCUAAUCUUGACCGUACGCAAAGACAGCUGGACCAAGAGAUGGAAAUGCUAAACACACACACCACUGCACGCACACAGAUGGACAUGCUGCAAAAAGACAAGUCAGAAAAGGAAGACCAAGUUCGAAAGAUCAAGUCACGCCACAGUGAGGAUCUGGUGUCUUUGCUGGGUCACUUUCCCAAUAAGAGAGAGCUGGAGGACUGGAUCUAUUCUAAGUCUAAAGAAAUCAACAGUACCAGAGACAGACUUGCUAAACUCAAUAAGGACCUGGCCUCAAGCGAGCAGAACAAAAGCCACAUUGCUUCUGAGCUACGUAAGAGGGAGCAGCAACUGGUUGAUGAUGAGGAAAAGUUUUUUAAUGUGUGUGGAAGUCAGGAUUUAGAGCAUGACCUGAGCAAACUGCAAGAUGAUCUGGAGAAAGUAUUCAAACAAAGAGCCAUGCUGGCUGGAGCCACAGCAGUGUACACACAGUUCAUUAGCCAGCUGACAGAGGAGCGAGAGCCCUGCUGUCCGGUGUGCCAGCGAACCUUCCCUUCAGAGUCCGAUCUGCAGGAAGUCAUCAGUGACAUGCAGUCCAAACUGCGCCUGGUGCCAGACAAACUAAAAAACACUGAGCAGGACCUGAAGAGGAAGGAGAGGAAGAAGGAUGAGAUGAUGGCCCUCAGGCCUGUCAGGCAAACUAUUGUACAGUUGCAGGAAAAGGAGUUGCCUGAGUUAAGAAACCGCCUCCAGAUUGUAAACAGGGAAAUUGAUCGGCUGAAGAGGGAAGUGGAGGAGCAGGACGCCCUGCUGGCUACCCUCAUGUCAGAGGAGGAGUCAGCCAAAGCAUGUCUGCAGGACAUAUCUCUCAUGGACCGAUACCUGAUGGAUCUUAGAGAGGUGGAGAGGAAAAUAGCUCAGCAGGGUGCCAAACUCCAGGGGGUAGACCUGAGCAGAACCGUCCAGCAAGUCAGUCAAGAGAAACAAGAAACUCAGCACAAGAUAGACACCACCUCCAGCAAGAUCGAGCUGAAACGUAAACUGACCCAGGACCAGCAGGAUCAGAUCCAGAUGCUGAAAAGUUCUGUGAAUGAGACGAAGGCCGAGAAGCUCCAGCUGAGCAGUGACAUGCAGAAACAGCAGCAGCUGGAAGAGCAGUGUGUUGAGUUCACCACAGAGAUUCAGGCCUUAACCAGAGACAUCAGGGAAGCAAAGGAACAGCUCUCUCCUUUGUCCACCUCUCUGGACAAACUCCAGCAGGAGAAGCAGGAGCUCCUGGAGCGCAAGAAGCAAAAGCAGGAAGAAGGGCAGGAGAAGGUCAGUGCCAUCAAAGAAAGAGUGAAGGUGGUCAGCAACCUGGAGAGAGAUAUCACCAAGUACCUGGAUGAGGGCAAGGGUGAAUACAAAGAGCAAAAAGAGUCUGAGCUUCAGGAGACCAACACUCAGCUACAUGACGCUGAGAAGCAAAAAGAAAAGAUUAGCAAAGAGAUGGGAAACAUCCGUCAGGACAUAGAUACUCAGAAGGUUCAGGAGCGCUGGCUACAGGACAACCUGACCCUCAGGAAGCGCAUGGAGGAGUUAAAGGAGGUGGUGGCCAAACAUGAGGCUCUAAUGAAGGACAUGGGCAACAUGCAAGUCCUGCAGCUUCGCCAGGAGCGUCGGGAUACAGAGCGAAAGUUAGAGGACCUAAAAAAGAACAGGAGUAUCGCUCUAGGACGACAGAAAGGUUUUGAGGAGGAGAUCAUGCACUACAGAAAAGAGCUACGAGAAGAUCAGUACGACAAAGCUGAGGAGCGCUAUAAAAACAAGAUGAUCAUCAUGAGGACCACAGAGCUGGUCAUUAAAGAUCUGGAUCUGUACUACAAGGCGCUGGAUCAAUCUAUUAUGAAAUUCCACAGCAUGAAGAUGGAUGAGAUUAACAAGAUCAUCCGUGACCUUUGGCGAAGCACCUACAGGGGCCAAGAUAUUGAAUAUGUGGAGAUCAGAUCUGAUGUAGACGAGAACUCAACUGCUGCAGUGAAGAGAAGGGUUUACAACUACAGAGUGGUGAUGGUGAAAGGAGACACCACUUUGGACAUGAGAGGGCGCUGUAGUGCCGGUCAAAAGGUGUUAGCCUCCCUGAUCAUCCGUCUGGCUCUGGCAGAGACCUUCUGCCUGAACUGUGGGAUCCUGGCUCUGGAUGAGCCCACCACCAACCUGGAUCGGGAGAAUAUCGAGUCGCUGGCACAUGCACUUGUAGAAAUUAUAAAAAGUCGCUCUCGCCAGCGCAACUUCCAGCUGCUGAUCAUCACCCACGACGAGGACUUUGUGGAGCUGCUCGGCCGCUCCAGCUACAUCGAACACUUUUACCGCAUCCGCAAAAACCAUGAGCAGAAUUCUGAGAUCACCAAGUGCAGCAUAAAUUCACUGACAAGUUAUCUUCACUGAGCAGCUGCGUGUUCAAAAACGGCUGACACCACCAAGUGGAGGCCUCAUUCAUUACAGCGGACAAGGUUUUUUCAAUACUUUAUUUUGAUUUCCAAUACAAUAGUCAUAUAUUCCACAGUUGGAAACAUGGAAAGGUUUAAAUGUGUUUAUCAAAGUUUAUCCUCCACUUGUGAAAAUAUCCAUAAUUGUUCGGGUUUGGUAUUUUUACUAAACGUGUUUUGUUUGUCAUGAAGGUAAAAAACUUAAUAAUUGAAUACAGCUUCUUUCUCAUCUUUGACUUUUCCUUUGGUGAACGAUGACUCCACAGCUUUCUACAGACACGGGUCACUUAUAACUCCUUAUUGGAUCGUACCAUUGAUGCUUGACACAAAAAAGGAAACUGAACCAAAGAUUACUUGUGAAAGCAUCUUUGACAAAUAAUCUUCUGUUGAAUUUCCUUUUUCUUUGUAAUGCAGGGCCAUUUCAUAGAAUUGUAGCUUAAUUUUGGUGAAGAAUCAGUCAACCACUAGAUCUUAUCUUGCGUGUGUUGUCACUUGAAGCGUGGGCUUAGCAAAUAUAAAUUACCUCUCAUUUGAUAACUGCUCACAACGAGCUCCAGGGUGACAGUCUCGAGGUGCAUUCAAGAACUUCUUGAACCAGGGUACUUCUCAACUUUACGUCCAAAAAGCUGAUAUCAUGAAAGUAAUAGUCCUGCUGGUGUUUGCUGUCGUUGUGCUGGUCGGCUCCCAUCCUCUUACCCGUAACCUAAUGAGCAUCAUCUCCACUCUUGAGCAUUUGAAAACCCUUGAAUGUGAGGUAAGUACUGCAUCUAGUUCCAUUAUUAUGUGUAAUUGAAAUUAAAAACCUAACACAGUCAAAUGGGUCAACAUGCGUAUUAUAAGUUUUCAUUUUAUAUUUGCAGAACUUUGUGAACAGUGUAUUUGAGGAUCGUGUCUAUGAGUUCAAAUACCUCUGCAAAGUGAGCGACAUCUUGAAAAAGGACAGCGAUUGCAAGUUUUCGGAGAAGGAGAAGAUUAUGCGAGAGCUGCAACAAAUUUCCAAUCAUUCAAAAACAAACUGUACUGAGGAACUUGAGAAUAUGAGCCUAUCAAACACAACCAUUCUGAUGAAAAACCUGAUGAGGGACCUGUCAAAGUGGGCCAAAACCAUGUUGUUCCGCAACGGACUGGAUUCUAAGGAAACCUGAACCUGAAGACCUGAGUCAAAUAUUUAACUUCUGUUUUUUUUUUUUUUUUUUCAGAUUUCA